CAUUGAUAUCUUGGAACCAAAUAAAGAAAUGGGGUGGUUUGGUUUUCUGGGUUUAGACAAUUACUGAGAAAAAAUGGUUGAUUUAGCACCAACCCAUGAUUAGUCUGUUGAUUGCAGUCACAGAUGGCUCAGUAGAAUAUGUGGUGGGGAGCUAAAGUAAAGAGGCAUUGAUGGCAGUCUCAUUGUACUGAAUUUUCUAUUCCAUGGUAUUAGUUUUAGCAUAUUUUGGAGUGGGAAGCUGAGAGAUGGGGAUGGAUGGCGGAGAGGAGGAGCAAAUGCAAGAGCCAGAAGGAUGUCAUGAGAGAAUUUUGGUUUCCGUUCGACUGCGGCCGCUCAGUGAGAAGGAAAUUGUUAGGCAUGAUGUAUCAGACUGGGAAUGCAUCAAUGAUAACACUAUCAUAUACAGGAGCACACUGUCGGUUUCUGAGAGAUCCAUGCACCCAACUGCUUAUACAUUUGACAGGGUUUUUAGCUCCGAUUGCCCCAAUAGGCAAGUGUAUGAUGCAGGAGCAAAGGAAGUUGCUCUUUCAGUUGUCAGUGGUAUAAACUCAAGUGUUUUUGCUUAUGGGCAAACAAGCAGCGGAAAGACAUAUACGAUGAUUGGAAUUACCGAGUAUGCAAUGGAAGAUAUAUAUGACUACAUACAGAGGCACAAGGAAAGAGAGUUUAUCCUGAAGUUUUCUGCUAUGGAGAUUUACAAUGAAUCUGUCAGGGACCUCCUUAGUGCAGACAGCAGUCAUCUUAGACUUCUAGAUGAUCCCGAAAGAGGGACAGUUGUUGAGAAACUCACAGAAGAAACUCUGCGGGACUGGAAUCACUUUAAAGAGCUUCUAUCUGUGUGUGAUGCUCAAAGACAAAUAGGAGAGACUUCUCUGAAUGAAGCAAGCUCUAGAUCCCAUCAAAUUUUGAGAGUGACAGUAGAAAGUUCUGCCAGAGAGUUUUUAGGCAAUGACAAAUCGAGCAUGCUUGCAGCCACUGUGAGUUUUGUUGAUCUCUCUGGAAGUGAGCGUGCAUCUCAGACAUUAUCAGCUGGUGCAAGGUUGAAAGAAGGUUGCCAUAUAAAUCGCAGUUUAUUAACACUUGGAACUGUUAUCCGUAAGCUGAGCAAGGGAAGAAAUGGGCACAUUCCUUUCCGAGAUUCAAAGCUGACCCGUAUUCUUCAGUCUUCCCUAGGAGGCAAUGCUAGAACUGCUAUCAUUUGCACAAUGAGUCCGGCACGAAGCCAUGUUGAACAAUCGAGAAACACCCUCUUGUUUGCAAGUUGUGCUAAAGAAGUGACUACCAAUGCACAAGUCAAUGUUGUCUUGUCCGAUAAAGCAUUAAUGAAGCAGUUGCAAAGGGAAUUGGCUAGAUUAGAGAAUGAAUUGAAAAAAACAGGAACAGCUUCUAUUUCCUUCGAUUCUGCCGUGUUGCUGAGAGAAAAAGACCUUGAGAUUGAAAAGCUAAAGAAAGAGGUAAGCAUACUGACUCGGCAAAUAGACCUUGCUCGGUCUGAGGUUGAGGAUCUGCGAGAAUUUCCUAACAAAGAAAGUCCUGGAGAUGAAAAACCAGUGAAAAUAUGGGCGGAUCCAGAUACUCGGUACCCCAAACUGCGAGUGCAAAAUUCAUGGGACUACGAAAGUUCAAUCACCGAGACACUUGCUUUGGCUGCUGGUCUUAGGUCCAGCCCUUCAGUUAGAAAAAGCUGCAGUUCUGAAGAGAGCUUCCUCCAGCUUCCCGACUCCAAACUGAAUAUACCGGAUCGUAGAUCCUCCCUUGUUGCAAUCAAUCUACACCAGGAGGAGAAUGGUGACCAUGUUGAUGAAAAUUCAGAAGCACUUUGCAAAGAAGUUCGAUGCAUCGACUCAGGAAGGUCAAGCAUGAAUGCAUAUUCAAACUCAAAAUUGUCAGUGUCUAGCAGCACAAAGAUUUAUCAAAACUAUAAUAUGUCAUCUCCAAGGGAAAACACAGCUAUCUCAGGAUUGACGGAAGUUGGCAAUGAAGAUAGAUUAAAGCGAGAGUCCAGAUCACUCCGCUGGGAAAACAGUAGCAACCGUCGAGAUGUUGCUAUUCCAUCUCUCGAAAACCCAUAUUUGUGGCGGCCACAAGAAAUAUCUAGUCGUAGAAGCUUGAAAUUAACUAGGAGUAGAAGUUGUAAAGCAAGUCUCAUGACUGGUUUGACCUCCCGGUGGACUGAAAGGAUAGAAAAAGAUGAAAGCACACCUCCCAUAGGGAAUGAGGGAGAUUUCACUGGAGGACCCAACAGUAUCCGGAGAAAACUUUCUGCACUGAAGUAUGGCAUUCAGAACGAGGGUUUGUAUAGAAAAGGUUCAAAAAGCUCUUUGACAAAUGCUACUGUAUAUGAGCUUAAAGGCCAGAUAUCAAGAAAUGAAUCUCAAAGUUCUUUGACAAGUGCUACUGAAGAAAUGUCUAGUCUUAAGCAUGAGAAGAAACUUGCUGAUCAGCCUGUACAGGUGAUGGAGCCCGUUUUAAAUGGAAAGUGUGUUAAAGAAAAUGGCUUGGACCCAAUUCCAGAUACUUAUGGGAACCCCACUGCAUGGUCUUCAGAAUUUAAGAGGCUUCAAAGAGAGAUCAUUGAACUUUGGCAUGCUUGCAAUGUGUCACUUAUCCACAGGACCUACUUUUUUAUGUUAUUUAAGGGAGAUCGAAACGAUUAUAUAUACAUGGAGGUUGAACAUCGAAGGCUAUCCUUCCUUAACAAUGUAUUUUCCCAUGGUAAUCAAACAAUUGAAAAUGGGCGAGUACUUACCUCUGCUUCAAGUUCGAAGGCUCUACGUCGAGAAAGGCAUAUGCUGGGUCAGCAGAUGAGCAAGAGACUCUCGAAAGCAGAAAGAAAGAACCUGUUCAUCAAAUGGGGGGUUGGAUUGAAUACGAAACAUAGGAGGUUGCAGUUGGCUCACCGCCUGUGGAUUGACAGUAAAGAUAUGGACCACAUUUCCGAAAGUGCUGCCAUUGUUGCAAAGCUGGUUCGCUAUGCAGGCCCAGAGAAGACUUCUAAAGAAAUGUUCGGGCUCAGCUUCGCACCAGGGAAGUGCACAAACAAGAGAAACUGCGGUUUGAAGUGCAGUGUAAUGUCUAUCUUGUAGGUGUAUAUGAUAGUUUAAGUUCUUUGCAGAUUUUGAAUUUACUGAUUCUGAUUAUAGUGUAAUGCAAGGGUGUGGAAAUCAUCUAAGAUUAUAAAUGAGAUGAAAAAUUUGUGUUGUUAGGCACACUGAA